AACUAAAAAUUAAACUGGGAAUUCCAAGAAUUUUGCAAUCGUUACUUUCGUUGAGCAAUCACUAAUUGUCAAUAUAACCUUUAUAAGCUUUUAAUGUUCUUAUCAUUUCUGUCGUCUUAUCACCAUCUCUUAUCUUAUGGCAAGAACGCAAGAUUAGCAAGGCAUAGAGUAUAAUGCUUUUUUCUAGACAAUAAUAACACGGAAUCCUACAGUUUAGUGCGUAGUAGUUCGCCAUUCAAUGCUAAUACAAUUUCAUUACAAUGGUUUUGUCAAAUGAGGAAUUUAACACAGCCGAAAUCUGUGACAUUGACGUAGAGAAAGAACAAAUGUCGUCGCUUUUCCAGCUGAGACAGAGCACGCACAGUUUCCUUAUUCAAUGUUUGGCUGACCGGGAAAUUCAAAAGCUAAUUUAUUCCAAGACAAAUUAUUCAUCAUCUAAAUCAGCUUAUAGUUAUAACUGUACAGUUAUUCACAAUCCACAUGCUUGGUAUCAUUUGAACGCAGUUAGAGGUCCCGGAUGGAACACUCAAAGACGCCAACCUUUAGACCCAAAGUUAAAAAUUGUGCAUGUUCUUGCUAAUCAGCAUUCAAAUAAAAAGCAGAACGAUAAUGAUCAUUUAAAGACUCAACAGGCGAGAGAACAAAUUCGACAACAUGAAGAAACUAUACGUAUUCUUAUGGAAGAAAAUGCUCAAGUGAAACAGCUUUAUUUGAAUGCCCUAAAGGACCGCAAUGGAAACACUAGGAACCUUAACACAAAUAAUAACGCAUCUAAUAGUCAACAGUUAAAUCAGCUCCAGCAGGAGACACGAGCUUUAAAAGCUGUUAUCGAGUCCCACAAAGGAACAAUCCAGAUACUUAAAGAUCAGAAUGUCAGUUUGCAAUUGAAAGUGAAUAGCUUGCAAACUCAAUCGUCUUCCGAAAACCAAAUAAAUGCAUCUAAUAAUCAGCUUAUUUAUAAGUUGCAACAAGAUAUACGAACGAUGAAAUCGAUGAUGCAGCAAAAGAUAGAGACAAUCCGGACACUUGAGAGCCAAAAUCUUAGUUUGCAAGCGAGACUUCGAGAAGCGGUAAUGCAUCCACCUUCCAGUAUUAACCAUCACAAUACUCCUCUCCCGCCUAGAGUAUCCAGGACGAGAGAUAGUGGUUCUCAAGGUUGCUGUAUUAUUAUGUAAACGCACAAAUAACCGCAAAUAACGCGAGGCAUAUAUUACCGGUAGUCAGAAAUUUCAAAAUUUACAUGCUAUCCCUCAAUUCCUAAUCUUAAAAAAACAAUUAGAAAAUGUGUAACAGGCUAACAACACUACAUUUAAUAAACUAUUAUAAC